GUCAAAACUCCUUUCGACUCUGAAACUUAAAGUUUAGGGUUUUGCAGUCCGAGCGAAGAGAGAGAUGACAAAAUUCAAUGUAAUUCAGAAGAAGAGAAGAGCACAAACUGCUGAACGUAAGAGAGAGCUUUUCGGACAUCCAUUAACUGGAAAACUAACGGAAAAACCUCAGUUUGUUCCUAUCUCUGGUAAACGCAAGCGAAAGCUUUUUAAGAAAUGGCGCAGGGACCAAAAGGAAGCCCUGGCAAAGGGUUUAAUCACCAUGGAAGAUGUUGAGAUGGCGGUUGCUGAAGGGCCAUCCAAAGAUAAAGCUUCCAAGACUUUGUCAAAGUUUCAUAUGAAGAAGAGUGCAAAGGUCCAAGUUAAAAUGCUCAAGGGCAAAGGCAAGGACCGAAAGAAGUCCACGUCCUCCAAGCCAGCAUCAUCAAUGGAAGUGGCCGAAGUAGAUGCCAUGGUAGAAUAAUCACCAAUGAACAGACACAAUCUGUAUUUACUGCUAAAGACUGUAAUCUGUUUUUUCAUUGACGGAUUUCUUCAGAGUACCGACAUGUUCGUGCAGAAGUUCUUAUUUGGUUGUAGCUUAACAUAACAGUGUUUUAAUCUCUUUCAGUUCAUUGAGUCGGGUAUGUUUUGUAUCUAUGCGUGUUGGGUUCUCAACGUUGAAAUGAAGAAAAAAAAAUGUAUAAUCACUACAUACCUGACACUUGCGUGGCUGCAUCUCUAAAUCCAAUUGAACGUCCAUGGCUUAUUUUUCUUAA